GCGCCGCAAAGUAAAAGAGAUGUCAAUUGCUAGCUUAGCCAGCCGCGGGACAUUGAAUGACUUUGUGAAGAACCCAGAAGUCUCCCGUUGUUCGACAGGUCCGGAUCAAUUUCGGAGCUCAUGGAGGCCCUCAUACCUGUCAUCAACAAGCUGCAGGAUGUUUUUAACACGGUGGGCGCCGACAUCAUGCAGCUGCCGCAAAUAGUUGUGGUUGGUACUCAGAGCAGUGGCAAGAGUUCUGUUUUAGAGAGCCUUGUCGGCAGGGAUGUACUACCGCGCGGCACUGGCAUCGUGACUCGUCGGCCGCUCAUCUUCCAGCUCGUCCACAUCGAUUCCGAAGACCGCCGGAAGACCAAUGAAGAGAAUGAAUUCAAGAAAAAUGGGCGCUUAUACAGAGGCAUCGAUGGCGAGGAAUGGGGAAAAUUCUUGCACACCAAAAACAAGGUCUACACUAAUUUUGAGGAGAUACGUCACGAAAUCGAAGCAGAAACAGAAAGAAUAUCAGGCAUAAACAAGGGUAUCAGUGAUGAACCCAUUCACCUCAAAGUCUUCUCGCCCUAUGUUGUCAAUCUUACACUGGUCGACCUGCCUGGCAUUACCAAGGUGCCGGUGGGAGACCAGCCCAAAGACAUUGAGAUUCAGAUCCGUGAACUGAUCGUGAAGUACAUCUCCAACCCCAACUCUAUCAUCCUGGCCGUGACUGCCGCCAACACAGACAUGGCGACGUCCGAGGCCCUCAAAGUGGCCCGCGAAGUUGAUCCUGAUGGCAGGAGGACGCUAGCGGUGGUCACCAAGUUGGAUCUGAUGGACGCUGGAACAGACGCCAUGGAUAUCCUGAUGGGGCGAGUCAUUCCGGUCAAACUCGGCAUUAUUGGAGUCGUCAACAGGAGUCAGCUGGAUAUCAAUCAGAAGAAAUCAGUGGCAGAUGCUAUUCGUGAUGAGUACGCUUUUCUACAAAAGAAGUACCCCUCCCUUGCAAACAGAAGCGGAACCAAAUAUCUGGCCAGGACACUGAAUAGAUUGCUCAUGCACCACAUCCGAGAUUGCCUCCCGGAGCUUAAAACCAGGAUCAACGUGCUGGCGGCGCAGUACCAGUCGCUGCUCAACAGUUACGGCGAGCCUGUGGAGGACCAGAGCGCCACCUUGCUGCAGCUCAUCACCAAGUUUGCCGCCGAGUACUGCCACACCAUCGAGGGCACAGCCAAGUACAUCGAGACGGCUGAACUCUGUGGCGGGGCGAGAAUCUGUUAUAUAUUCCACGAGACAUUCGGUCGCACGUUGGAGUCUGUCGAUCCCCUGGGUGGUCUGACGACCAUCGACGUACUCACGGCGAUCCGUAAUGCAACGGGGCCCAGGCCUGCUUUGUUUGUUCCUGAGGUUUCCUUCGAGUUGCUGGUCAAGAGACAAGUGAAACGUCUGGAGGAACCUAGUCUGCGCUGCGUGGAGCUGGUUCACGAGGAGAUGCAGAGGAUCAUCCAACAUUGCAGCAACUACAGCACACAGGAGUUACUGCGAUUCCCAAAACUUCACGACGCCAUCGUGGAAGUGGUCACUUCCCUGUUGAGAAAGAGACUACCGGUCACCAAUGACAUGGUUCACAAUCUGGUUGCGAUCGAGUUGGCGUAUAUCAACACCAAGCAUCCCGACUUUGCCGAUGCCUGCGGCCUCAUGAAUCAUAACAUUGAGGAGCAAAGACGCAUAAGAAUGAGGGAUCUACCGUCCGCCGUUCCCAGAGACAAGGCAGCAGCGGGUGGCGCUCAGGGUGCGUCUUCUGGGGAUCAGACAGAUAGCGGCGGGACGGGGAACUGGAGAGGGAUGCUUAAAAGAGGGGAGGACAGUGCAUCCUGUGACAGGACAAUGCCCCAGAAUGCCCUCCCCGCCAGCCCACAGAAGGGCCAUGCUAUUAAUUUGCUCGAUGUGCCCGUACCAGUGUCCAGGAAGUUGUCCGCUCGGGAACAGAGAGACUGUGAGGUCAUCGAGAGGCUCAUCAAGUCCUAUUUUCUUAUCGUGCGGAAAAACAUCCAGGACAGCGUUCCCAAAGCGGUGAUGCACUUCUUAGUCAACCACGUGAAAGACUGCCUGCAGAGCGAGCUGGUGGGUCAGUUGUAUAAGUCGGUACUGUUGGAUGACCUGCUGACGGAAUCGGAGGACAUGGCGCAGCGACGCAACGAGGCGGCGGACAUGCUCAAGGCCCUCCAGAAAGCCAGCCAGGUGAUUGCAGAGAUCAGAGAAACGCACUUAUGGUGAGAGAAGCCGCUCUCCUUCAGGCUCCUCCCCUUUCUCAAUUCACAUGGAUGGUACGCGGGUCCACAUAGUGACCCGCAGUUCUCAAAAUGCGAAACAGUGUAUAAGAAAUGCUAGUUUUGAAUGUACAGUCUGGAUAACGAGGAAUCUCUCGACCCCUCGACUAGGAGUAAUCUAUUUUUCUUAUAAACCAAACUAUCGACAGGGAUGAUGUUAUUGUCCGUUAUUUUGUGUCGAAUAUUAUUAAAGAUAGACAUGACCCAAAAUAAAAAA